CAGUAAACACACUUCUACCCCAAAAUGCCCGAUCACACCAUCCGACUCGUCAACCAUUCCGGCCAAAAACACAAAUAUGCCAUUGUGCCCGCACCCCCGAUGAUGACACUCGGAGAUGCCAACGGCAAACACGAUGGCGGUGUGCUCGCCUGGCAUGCAGCCGAAGUCGAGAACCAAGGCCAAUGGGACACAACCACCACCUACCAGCUUUACGGAUGGGUCGGGACCACCUCCCAAGCCCCCGAUUUCGGCGUCCAAACCACCACAGUAGACACAAAGGUAGCUCCGCCUGGAACGGCCACAACACCGGCAAGCACCUUCGGCCUCUCCGUCAGUAAUGGCAAGCCAACCCUGACUGCCAAGACCAACAGCGCCCCAAUGGACACAGUCCGUUUUGAUUUCGACAAGGACCUUUCGUCGUCAACUAGCCCCUACUAUCUCUAUGGAAUGGCAAAGGGAAGUAGGAAAUCGCCGGAUGAGCCGGAGGUUGCGACGCCUUUUGCUUUUUUUCCUCCCAGGGCAACUGAUUCUUCUGUUAAAUACACUGUCAUGGCGCCCGUGAUUCAGAUGUGGCUGUGCCAAUAUGACUGUAAUGCGGGACAAAUUGUGGAUUUCAACGAAGCUAUUAAGAAAGCGAUUUUGAUUCGGUUUCUGAGUCAGUAUGGUGCGCUGCUAGCUAAAAUUAAACAUAAGAGUGAUGGGAGUUUUGGGAUUAGCUAUUCUGAGUGA